UGCGGCCGGGCGGGGUGGGGAAGGCCGGGCCGCUCCCGCGGCGCUGCGGGCUCGGCCUGGCCGGCGGGCGGCGAUCCUGAGGCGGCGGCGGGGCCGCGCGGGGCCCCCGCCUCAGCCGCCCGCGGGUUUGCAGCACGUUCCGCUGGAGCCGCGUUUCCACCCGCGUUCCCGCGUCGCGGGGCAGGAGCCGGCCGAGGGCGCGGGGCUGCGGCGGCGCUUCCCCGCGCCUCCCUUCCGCCGGAAGCGAGCGGGUCCUGGCCGCCGGGCGGCGUGGGGGAGCCGAGGGCCUUUUUUUUGGCCUCGUUGCUUUUAUUUCCUGUUCCUGCAUGCUUGUGUUCCUCAGUGGUGCCCACCCAGUCUUUCAGCUGUGAAAUGUCCCGUGUUUUGCUACUUUCUCGUGUACAGUGGCAAAACACAAAAGAACCUCAGGAUGUCUGUAAUUCAGCAAGGGACAGCAACACUUCGUAAAGCAAAGAAAGUCACUGUAAAAACAUGUCUAGAUAACCCCUUUGUUUUUCAGUGGAAAACCAUAGAUGGAGAAGAUAUGCAUUUUAUACUGCAGACCUUAGAAGAAAGGAUUAAACAUAUUGGACUUAAAAAGAUUGAGACUCCAAGAAAUAAAAAACGUUCCCCUACAAAAAAACAAAUGGAAAGAAAGCGUGAUGCUAGCACCAACGAACUCCCUAAAGAAGAGGAAACAGAAGGCCAUCGACAAAAAACAGGGUGGACUGACAUAAGUAUCAGAAGACAGCUUGCUAUUGGAGUUAAUGAAGUUACAAAAGCAUUGGAAAAAAAUGAACUACUUCUCUUGCUGGUGUGCAAGUCUGCAAAACCUGCCAUGAUCACAUCGCAUCUUAUUCAGCUGAGCGCAAGUCGAGCCACACCAGCAGGCCAGGUUCCCCGCCUCAGUGAAACCGUUGCACCACUGCUUGGCUUAACAUCUGUUUUAGCACUGGGCUUUAAAAAGCAGUCUGAUAAAUUUACCCAAGCAAUAGAAGCUAUAAUUCCAAAGGUACCAGCUUUGGAAGUGCCGUGGUUUCAGUACAGAACUGAAGAAUCUGUGGCUUAUGCGCAUACAGAUUCUUCAGAAAACCAGGAACCUGAGCAGCUUGCAGAGGUGAUGGGGGACGAGCUCUCAAGCCAGAAGCGGAAGCGUACGGAAAGCAAUUGGCUCGAUCUUUCCAAUGUAAUUUUGCAGCCUUUGAAAAUCAAGAAACUUGUUCCAAAUCCAAACAAGAUAAAGAAACCACUUCGCAAAAAGAAAAAAGCUUUUUCAGCAUGACUGAUUCUUCAUAUUAAAAUUAUCUUUUUUUUUAAUGCAGUAUGGAGUACGGCUUUAACUGCACUACUUUGUUAGGCUUUACAGUGUAAAGCACUUGAAUACAAGGUGAACGUUAUGUUGCACUCAGUUGCGGUACUUUCUGCUGUAAUAAAGAAUACUGCUCAAA